UUUAAUACAACAACAAAGCUACACAUCUGUCGCGGUGUUUCACUUUCAAUCUGUAACACCUGAACGAGAGCGAGCAUCUGCCAUAUUAAUUUACUGCAAUUAUUGAUAGGUAAUCAUAAACGAAGUCGUUUCAAAACACAGGUCCGAUAAGACGCCUGAAAACCAGCCACUCCGAGCUCAACUGGGCUUAGGACAUGGCAUCGCAGUCAGCUGAAGCCCAGAUCGAGCGUAUUGUUAAGGACAACAAUCGACCAUAUGGCCUGCAACAGCUGGUGGACCUCGCGGCGACCAUGAACUUUAAAAAGGCCCAAGUCACGAAAGCGGUCGACGCGCUUGUUGCUAAAGGCUCUAUUCUGGCCAAGGAGUUUGGCAAGACCAAAAUCUACUUGCCGCCGCAAACGGGGCGACCGGUACUGUCGAAGGAGGACUACGAGGCGAGCAAGCAGAAGACGCGGGAACUGCAAGAGCAAUGCCAGAAGGAGGCGGUGGAGUGCAAGCAGCUGGAGACAGAGCUAUCACAGCUGCGAAGUGUGCUGUCGGAGGCUGAGAUAUCGCGGCAGACGGAGGAGCUCAAACGGAAACUGGCGGCUGACGAGAAGAAGCUGGCGAUGCUCAAGUCCAACGCGGUGCUCAUCACCGCCGAGGAGCGCGCGGCCGCGGAGAAAGCGCUGGCCAGGACGCUAGAGGCGUGGCGCAAGCGGCGGAGCAUGUUCAAGAACAUAUGGGGCGCCAUCAGCGAGAACAUGGACGGCAAGCAGGCGGACCUGUUCGAGGAGAUUGGCGUGGAGACGGACGAGGCGGCGGGCGCAGACAUGGCGGAGGCGGAGCGCCUCAUGCCGGGCAGCAAGCGGAUGCGCCGCUGAGCGGGGAGGGGCGGGUGCAGGACAGGGACGCAGUUGGGGGGGGGGCUGUAUGGGGGGGGGCAGGCGGUGGGGAGUGGGCGGAGUAUAGCCGAAGGACGUGGUCAUGGGCAGGAGCUUGGGCGGGUUGGGCAUGCGCACAGUACUUGUAAGUACUGAGCUAAAGCCGUGGGCUAGCAAUCGCCGUGUGGCGAUGCACGCGGCCAGGGCAGCGGCGGAAGGGACUGCUGGCAUCGCCUUGUGUCUAUGUGGGUGGCAUGCAGGACUUGAGUUUGCCUAAGAACUGGUGGUGGGGAUCCGAGUGUUGUGAGGCAACAGUGACGCAGGAUUGUCCAUGUGUACAUCACCCUGUACGCCGGCUGAGUACGCCGGUAUUCGAGUGUACUUGGCGAGCGGGUUUGUAGCCGCAUAAGGAGGGUGUGUCCUGCGAUCGCGGCCAUCCAGGCAGGGUGCCUGAUUCUUGCAGGAUGCGAUUGGCGAGUGCCUUCGUUGGAGGGUGAUCUCGCCAGUCCUUUCAGAAGAUUGGCUGCGGCGGUUGUGUGUGUCGAGCCCGGGUGAGAGGUAGCCCCACAGCGGCACAGCUGUAAGUGAGGUCCACGCCGGCGGCCCGGCGCGGUGCAUCCACGUGUGUGGUCUACCGUCUACGCCUAGAC